AUGGCCCAGUUUCAACCUUUGACGGAUACCUCUAUGCCGUACUUUCUCAACAAUCGAACGACAUCAAGCUCGUCUCUCAAAACCCGCCAACGUGAAACAUACGAAGCUUCUCAUGAUGUUGUGUCUCGACCUCUGGCACCUCAACUCCAAAUCACCUUGGCUGACGGUGAUUCUGAUGAUGAGGACCAUCUACGAGGUCGCCGCCCAUCUUUAACACCGGACAACUCAUACCCGGCCUGUGAGCUUCCCUUCUCGUCUGAGCCAGCUCUCGAAUCCGAGCUAGAAACCGAACUUCCUCCUCUCAAGAAGUUGAGAUCGUCGCGGAAUGGUGGGGUCAGCGAAGAUGGAGUAGACUCUGGCUUCUGCCCUGAAACCGUUCGAGGGAUCCUGACUAAGAAGGACCACAGUUCCCAAAGUUCACCCGAAGGUUCGGGUCAUUCUAGCCCAGUUCAAAUGUCGCCCAUUUCUCAAGAGCUUAGCUCAUUACCGCUGUCAAGAGCUCAUACUGUUAACAGUCGCCCUGACCCUCGACCCACUUCUCGUCGAAAUUCAUCAUGUCAAUCUGCCGUCUCAUCCCUCAAUUCGAACAAGACUGUCCGCUUUGCAACAGAAAAGAGCCCUCCAACUUGUAAUCCAUUGUGUCAGAGACACCAGCCAUCAGAUCAUCCUGCCUCAAGAUGUUCAUGUCAUCUCGAAAACCCAGUGGCCACCGUCAUGUAUUUGACACAUUCUGCAAAGGUGUAUGAUCGGACUUCGAUUGUUGUUGAAAAAAGCCUACGUCUCCCUCCUCGUCAAGAUGCCUCUGAAUGUGGACGAUGGGUCCAACGUUGCGAGUCAUCCACAGCAGUUGAGGGUCGUGAAAGGUCUAGGCUAGGCUCGUGUAGUCCUACGCCAAAUUUCAACAGUGACGACACGGCAAGUCGGAAUAAGGACUGCGAAGCAUGGAGAGAUAAGAACCAUGCUAUCGCUAGCAAUGUUCCUGAAGGUGUAAAUAAGGACACCUUUCCUAGAAGUCCUCCGUCGACAUCCUUCCCAUCUAUGGCUACCCACACAUCUGGCCUCAAUUUACAACAGUUCAGGAAACAAGAACAAUUUGAGGAAGAUCUGGAUGACGAGGAUGAAGAAGCUCGAUCUGAGACGGAGGUGGAUGACGACGAUGAAGUAGAUUGUAGUGUUGGAACCUGGUCACAAGGACAAGUGUUUAAAGAUGAUGAUAUCCUAGGUGGAUUUUAGAAACUCUACCCCAUAGAAUAAAAUGUUUUCUUCUUCCUUUCUAUUUCUUGUCUUUGUAGAUCUGUUGCUGUGACAACGAUUAAUGUCAACUUGUUACAAAGAACAGAUUUUUUUAUACAUAGUUGUAAUUUGGACGCUAUAAGUUUCUUCUUUUCUUUGGAGAGAGUUUGAUUCUUUUUUCUUUUUUUUUGAACAUUAAUUUUGCAGACGCUAUUUUUUUUGGUUUGCUUAACAUUAGAGAUAUAUGAAUGAAACAAAGUCAUCCUUAUUACACCUUUUUCUAGUUGGAAGAGCCCUGUUACAAUUGCAUGUACCAUCAGUUUUCCCCCUCCAUUGGACCCAUGGCUUUGUUUGCUAGGUCCAGCUUGUAAUUUCUAGAUAGUUGAGUAAAGGUGUACAAUUUAUGAUAAAAAUUGAUAAACCUCACUUGAU